AUGCAGUUCUUCACCGUCCUCUUCCUCGCCGCCACUGCCCUCGCGGCUCCAGGCGCCCCCGUUGAAGAGCGUCAGGCCUACGUGCCCUGCUCUGGCCUGUACGGCAGCGCCCAGUGCUGCGCGACCGACGUCCUUGGUCUUGCCAACCUCGACUGUGGCCAGCCUCCCGAGGCUGUUGGCUCUGCUGACGAGUUCUCAUCCGUGUGCGCUGCCAUCGGCCAGAGGGCUCGAUGCUGCGUGCUGCCGAUUCUCGACCAGGGCGUUCUGUGCAACACGCCCGCUGGUGUUGAUGAAGACUCAUCGGCCGGCUCCGACGCCGUACUCAGGGUCCUUUUGCGGCCCCGCAGCGUCACGAGCCGAGAAUGGAAGACCCUCAGGAAAAUGGCGUCCGACGACAUGAACCUCCCCAUCAUCGACCUGGACCUCUUCCUGUCGCAGCCCGCAACGUCCGACGCCGUGCGCGCCGAGUGCAAGCGUGCUGCCGAGGCCCUCAUCACCUACGGCGCCUGCAUCCUCCACGACUCCCGCGUGCACGCCUCGCACAAUGACACCUUUCUCGACCUGCUCGAGGACUACUUUGCGCAGCCCGAGGAGGCCCUGCGCAAGGACGAGAGACCCGAGCUCAGCUACCAGAUUGGCGUCACCCUCGACAACACGGAGAAGCCAAAGUGCGCCGUCGACGAGCCGUGCCUGGACGUCAUCAGACGACUCGCGCCUGACCAGCGACCGCUGGACAUCUCGGGUCACUCCCCCGAUCCCAAGUGUCGCUUCUUCUGGCGGAUGGGGGAUGCGCCGCCGUACGAGUCCAAGUUCCCGGGGUUGAAUGCGCCCAACGUGACGCCGGAGGCUGCGCACAUUAAGGACCGCUGGGCACCGACGAUGGAUCAGUGGGGGAGCGCCAUGAAGGACGCCGUGUCCAAGCUCGCGGAAAUGACAGCGUUGGGUCUGGGCCUGGACAAGGACGCCUUCUCGUCGGCCGGUGCCUACGGCCCUCACUUGCUCGCGCCCACCUCGUCCGACCUCACCAAGUACGGCGCCAAGGACACCAUCCUGGCCGGCUUCCACACGGACCUCAACUUCCUCACCAUCCACGGUCGCUCGCGCUACCCGGGCCUCAACAUCUGGGCGCGCAACACGGGCGCGCGCAUCCCCGUCAAGAUCCCGCCGGGCAACCACCUCCUCGUGCAGGCGGGCAAGCAGAUUGAGUACAUCACCGGUGGUCUGAUCAAGGCUGGCUACCACGAGGUGGUGGUGAACGAGGCGACAGUGCAGGUCAUGGAGAAGAGGAAGCAGGAGUGUCCCGACAGGCCGCUUGUGCGCAUCUCGAGCACGCUGUUCUGGCACCUCAACUCGGAUCACGACCUGGCGCCCAUUCCCGCGCUGCAGCAGAAGGCUAGGGAGGUGAGGGCGGACCAGUUCAACCUCGGCCGAGACGAGGGCGAGGAGAUGGAGUACCCGCCCACCAAGGUCGGUGCGCAAGUACAAGACGAGCUGAAGCACAUUGCGCUCAUGACUUGA